GGCAAGUGGAGUUUUUAAAAAGCUCGAGCAGAUCAUGUCAUGACGACUUCGCUGCUCCUGCAUCCGCGCUGGCCGGAGAGCCUUAUGUACGUCUAUGAGGACAGCGCGGCCGAGAGCGGCAGCGGCGGCGGCGGCGGCGGUGGAGGCGGCGGUGCGGGAGGACCGGGGGGCGGCUGCAGCGGAGCGAGCCCCGGCAAAGCCCCGAGCAUGGACGGGCUGGGCAGCAGCUGCCCGGCCAGUCACUGCCGAGAUCUGCUUCCGCACCCCGUGCUGGGCCGCCCGCCGGCCCCCCUGGGCGCCCCUCAAGGUGCCGUCUACACGGACAUCCCGGCCCCGGAGGCGGCCCGCCAGUGCGCCCCGCCGCCGGCGCCCCCCACCUCGUCCAGCGCCACCCUGGGCUACGGCUACCCGUUCGGUGGCAGCUACUACGGCUGCCGCCUGUCGCACAACGUGAACCUGCAGCAAAAGCCUUGCGCCUACCACCCAGGCGAUAAGUACCCGGAGCCGUCGGGCUCCCUGCCCGGUGACGACCUGUCCUCCAGAGCCAAGGAGUUCGCCUUCUAUCCCAGCUUCGCCAGCUCCUACCAGGCGAUGCCCAGCUACCUGGACGUGUCGGUAGUGCCUGGGAUCAGCGGGCAUCCGGAGCCGCGUCACGACGCGCUCAUCCCCGUCGAAGGCUACCAGCACUGGGCUCUCUCCAACGGCUGGGACAGUCAGGUGUACUGCUCCAAGGAGCAGUCGCAGUCCGCCCAUCUCUGGAAGUCUCCCUUUCCAGACGUGGUUCCCUUACAGCCUGAGGUGAGCAGCUACCGGCGCGGGCGCAAGAAACGUGUGCCCUACACCAAGGUGCAGCUGAAGGAGCUUGAGAAGGAGUACGCGGCCAGCAAGUUCAUCACCAAAGAGAAGCGCCGGCGCAUCUCAGCCACCACAAACCUCUCGGAGCGCCAGGUCACCAUCUGGUUCCAGAACCGGCGGGUCAAAGAGAAGAAGGUGGUCAGCAAAUCGAAAGCGCCUCAUCUGCACUCUACCUGACCACCCACCCGGCCACCCGCCCCAUGUAUUUAUGUCGCUGAUUUGUAUCAUAUCUGAACCCACCGAAGGUCGCUUCUCGGGUGCAGACAAAUAUUUAAAGUUAACCAGAAAGAGGAAAGGCACCGCCGAGGCCGAGGCCGGAGGCAGAGAAUAUCAGAGGGUGCGCUCUGCCGCCCUCUACUCCCCACCCCAUCCUCAGCCUCCACCCCUAUGCAGUUGGGACCUACCGGGCCUUUGCUUUGGAGGUGGGUCUAGGUGGGCUGUGGGAGGAAGGCAGCCAGCCUCCACCCACUCUGGCUGUCACUCCUCGCCUGGCCAGAAAGCUGAGUGGCAGUGAAGAGCCAGAUCAUUCCAGCCAAAGCAGAGCUGGGGAACCCCAAAUGACCCCAUUCUUGCCACAUCCUUUGCCCAGGCAGGUAGACGACCCUCCUGAGUGUGUGAUGCGGGUGCAGGACCUGGUGAGCUCCUACCUUCCUCCCAGUCCGUCCUCCUGCUCCCUGUCCCUCCGGCAGGCACUCCUUAGUUAGGCAAGAUUUCCCAGUUAAGAUUUUCUGCAUAUUUUAAAAGUUACAUUAAUAUUAAUGGUAAGUAUUAGGGAUCUGGCAUUGUGAUUGGAAUACAGACAGCACUUAGGUUUUCUUUCUUUCCUAUCUGUUUCAACAAAAGCUGGAAUUGGCCAAGGAGCCACCUACCCCCUCCCCAACCAAGAAACUGAGUUUCUCUGGAGGCUCCUUUGCCCCCUCGGCGGCCUCAUCUGUUCUGUUUGGCCUCUUUUCUGCUUCUCAGUCAACAUGCAGACAUCCAGGGAAGACAGAAACUCCCUCCACGCUGCUAAAUAUGUCUUCUCUCUUUCUCUUUCUCUCUCUCUGUGGUCAGGCUGAGGAUCAGGCCAGGCACAGAAGCAGAACUUUUUGCUAAGGAAAGAAAAAACUGCUCUUCUAAGGGGAUGGAGAGUAGGUCCCCCAGCAGAGUCCCUCUCCAGUUACUUCUUCAUGCCCACCGAAGCACUAGCUGAGAAAGCCUCACACUUUCACUUUUAUUCAUUGUCCGGAGGAAAGCGGUUUUAGUCCAGGAGGCCAAAAUAACUGGCUCCCAAUUAGCCAGCUAAUGUAGAUGCUGCAUAACAUUUCCCUCCUCAAAGGCCAACUUGGUGCUGGGGGGUCGGGGGCUCACUUCUCCUUUCCCACUGGCACAUUACAAAACAGUGUUCUUUUGAAAUGUUCAUCAAAAAUAGGCUUUUAAAAAAAAUGUCGUGUAUCUGUAUAUAGUAUUGUGAUGUCUGAAUGACAAUGUACUGAAUGCAAAAAGGAAAAAAAACCCACAAACCUGUUUUUAAAAUAAAAUCUUUUUUUUUUUUUGCCUU